AUGAAUACGAUAAAAUCUACCUGGUACGGAUGGGGCGUGCUUUGCGUCGCCGGCGGAGGUGCCUACUACUUCGCCAAAAAGUCCGUCAACGCCGACCGCGCAGCCCGCUAUGAAGCCGAUAUGAGGCGCAAGACCCAACUAGCCGCAAUCGAAGCUGAGGAUCGUCGACGUGCCGCUGCAUCUGGUCCGCCGCAGGAAACUCGGAAACCUACAGAUGACCCGUCCUUGCAACGCGCGAACGCCGGUGCGGUCUCAUAUAACGCGAGAGAUGAUGUAGCUUCGCCUAGCAGAGAAGCUGGCCAGGACCCGGCACCAACGAGACAUGAACCGGAGACCGAUGAGCAGGGAUUGCGUGAGAAAUCGAAAUAUGAAGCGACACAGACGUUUCGACCGCCUCGAGGAAAUCGGUUUAGUUGA